ACGGGGUUGAGGCGAAUCGCAUACAGGUCUGCGGACCACCGCCUUCUCUCCGGCCAAUAGGAGCGCGGCCCGCAGGCCGUCACUCACACCCACCGACUGCAGCACCGGCCCUGCCCCGAGCUCCGUAUCCUGCUGCUGUCCUACGGUCAUCAUGCCUUCUGUACCCCCUGUUACCGAAUCGGUCACCUGUCCUCACCUGGCAGAGAACCUUGUAGCCAAUGGCAGUGUGGAGGCGGAGCUUGUUGCAGACAGGAAGUGGAUCCGCCCAGAUCUUCCAAGCAAGUGCACAUGGCAGUUGGGGAAGCCGCAGGCUGACUCGCCACAUCAUUGUGUGCCACUCGCCCCCUGUCCCCCAAUCCUCCCCAGCAUCCUGCAGAAGAUUGGAGACACACCCCUGGUCCGGAUCAAUAAGAUUGGGAAGAGGCAUGGAUUAAAAUGUGAAUUAUUGGCCAAGUGUGAGUAUUUCAAUGCGGGUGGUAGUGUGAAAGAUCGUAUCAGUCUGCGCAUGGUGGAGGAUGCUGAGAGAGAUGGGAUCCUUAAGCCGGGAGACACCAUCAUAGAGCCAACCUCUGGAAACACCGGUAUCGGGCUGGCGCUGGCGGCUGCAGUGAAGGGAUAUCGCUGUAUCAUUGUAAUGCCGGAGAAGAUGAGUAUGGAAAAGGUGGACGUCCUCCGCGCUCUGGGAGCAGAGAUCGUCCGCACUCCAACUAACGCCCGAUUUGAUUCGCCUGAGUCCCACGUGGGCGUUGCGUGGCGGCUGAAGAAUGAGAUUCCCGACUCUCACAUCCUGGAUCAGUACCGGAACGCCAGUAAUCCGCUCGCUCACUACGACGGAACCGCAGAGGAGAUCCUGCAGCAGUGUGAUGGACGGCUGGAUAUGGUGGUGGUCAGUGCUGGCACUGGAGGGACAAUUACUGGCCUUGCACGAAAGCUGAAAGAGAAGUGUCCAAAUUGCAAGAUUAUAGGAGUGGAUCCAGAAGGUUCUAUUCUAGCAGAGCCUGAGCAGCUCAAUCAGACAGACAAGACUGGAUACGAGGUGGAAGGAAUCGGAUAUGACUUCAUUCCAACUGUGCUGGAUCGAACGGUGGUUGAUGAAUGGUAUAAAUCAAAUGAUGAGGAAUCCUUCAUAAUGGCACGAGCCCUGAUCAGGGAUGAAGGGUUGUUGUGUGGGGGUAGUUCUGGAAGUGCAAUGAGUGCGGCUGUGGAAGCUGCGAAGGAGCUGAAGGAAGGUCAGAGAUGCGUGGUGAUCCUGCCGGACUCUGUGCGGAACUACAUGUCAAAGUUCCUCAGUGACAAGUGGAUGACGCAGAAGCAGUUCCUGAAGGUGGAGGAUCUGGAGGGGAGUAAGCCGUGGUGGUGGAACGUCAAGGUUUCUUCUCUGUCCCUCUCUGCUCCGCUGACUGUGCUUCCAUCCGUGAACUGCAGCCAAACCAUCCAACUUCUCCGAGAGAAAGGUUUCGACCAGGUUCCCAUUGUAUCGGAGGCUGGCCUGGUACUUGGGAUGGUGACAUUAGGUAACAUGCUGUCCUCCGUACUGGCCGGAAAGGUGAAACCAUCUGAUCCCGUCACCAAAGUCAUCUACAAGCAGUUCACACAGGUGCAUCUCAUGGAUAAUCUGGGAAAACUCUCUCGUAUCCUGGAGACUGAUCAUUUUGCGCUUGUGGUGCAUGAGCAGAUUCAGUCAGAUCACAAUGACGGCUCCUCCAGCAAGAAGCAGAUGGUCUUCGGUAUUGUCACAGCCAUCGAUCUCCUGAACUUUGUGACCAGAGAGCGAGAGCGCCGUGUGAGUGAGUCCAGUGAGAGGGACCCUAGCGAGAGGUCCAGGCAUUUCAGCGCGUCAUGAAGAGGAGCCAGUGUCCCGUCUGGUCUCUGCCACAUCUGCGCUCUGGGUUGGGUGAGGGGUUUCUUGCUUGUAGGUCAGUUUUACCUGUUACAUAAUUAUUGCCUCUGAUUUUGUAGCACAGGCGGAUAUUUAAUAAAAUAUAAAGGUGUAAAUAUAA